AUGGCUGCUUCCUUUACUCGCCUGGCGGGCGGUGCGCCCAAAAGGCUUUGUCUCCGCCCCUCCAACUUCACCAAAUACAACGCCAUCCCCAGAUCCCGCUCGAUAGCGACGUCGCUUCCUCGUCGGCAAGCGGAGCCGACCAGCUACCAGGCUACCAGACUUAUUCCCACUGAUCCCACCUUCACAAGUCUGGCUAACAAGGAAGGUCCCCAAGAACCCGAUGUUGCCGCUGGUCUCGAAUCCGAGAGCGAAGGGGUCGGCCGCAAAAUCCGUCACUACACAGUCAACUUCGGCCCUCAGCAUCCUGCUGCUCACGGUGUGCUUCGACUGAUUCUGGAGAUCAAUGGUGAAGAGAUUGUCCGCGCGGAUCCUCACGUCGGAUUGCUUCAUCGUGGUACCGAGAAGUUGAUCGAAUACAAGACCUACAUGCAGGCUCUGCCUUACUUCGACCGAUUGGACUAUGUCUCCAUGAUGACGAAUGAACAGUGCUACUCCCUGGCUGUCGAGAAGUUGCUGAACAUUGAAAUCCCUGAGAGAGCCAAGUAUAUCCGGACAUUGUUCGGAGAGUUGACCCGUAUUCUGAACCACCUCAUGUCCGUUCUUUCUCACGCUAUGGACGUUGGUGCUCUUACGCCGUUCCUGUGGGGUUUCGAGGAGCGUGAAAAGCUCAUGGAAUUCUACGAGCGUGUCUCCGGUGCCCGUCUCCACGCCGCCUACGUCCGCCCCGGCGGUGUGUCCCAGGAUAUCCCCCUCGGCCUUCUCGACGAUAUCUACCAGUGGGCUACCCAGUUCGGUGACCGUAUUGACGAGACCGAGGAGCUGCUCACCGAUAACCGUAUCUGGAAGGCCAGAACCCAGGGCGUUGGUGUUGUCAGCGCCGCUGAUGCACUGAACAUGAGCUUCACUGGUGUCAUGCUUCGUGGCUCUGGUGUGCCAUGGGAUAUCCGCAAGUCCCAGCCAUAUGACGCUUACGACCAGGUUGAAUUCGACGUUCCCGUCGGUGUCAACGGUGACUGCUACGAUCGCUAUCUCUGCCGUAUGGAGGAGUUCCGCCAAUCCCUCCGUAUCAUACACCAGUGCUUGAACCAGAUGCCCGCUGGCCCUGUCAAGGUCGAGGACUACAAGCUCUCGCCACCCCCUCGUGCAGCUAUGAAGGAGAACAUGGAGGCCCUCAUCCACCACUUCCUCCUCUUCAGCAAGGGUUACGCCGUUCCCCCGGGUGAGACCUACUCUGCCAUUGAGGCCCCCAAGGGUGAGAUGGGUGUUUUCCUGGUCAGUGAUGGCAGCGAGAGACCCUACCGUUGCAAGAUCCGUGCUCCUGGUUUUGCCCACUUGGGUGGUUUCGAUCAGAUCGCUCGCGGUCACUUGCUGGCAGAUGCUGUCGCCAUUAUUGGUACAAUGGAUCUGGUGUUCGGUGAAGUCGACCGGUAG